AUGGUGAAAGCGAAGGAAGGACCUGUUUUUGGGAUUCAUGGCCUUCAAUUGUGGGCUUGUGUGAGUAUUUCUGUGAAUCUGGGUGAAUGUGGUGUCAUUCGAGCCACAGCUGAUAGCACGAGCAAGAAGACGAGAAGCACCACCGCAACAAAGGCUGCCACGUCAGCCCCACUGACACACUGGCAGAAGCCGAGCCGGACGCCGUUGGCCGCAUCUAGCUCAUCUGAGGUGGUGCCGCUCCCGCAUCCUCUCCCUCAGGAGGUGCCAGCGAGGGGACCUACGAGGCAGAAGCAGAUUUCAGAGACGAACACUUGUCGCCGGAAUACACGGCGCCGCCGCCUUGGGUGA